GCGCUCAUUGUGGGAGCCAGGAUGGGGCCAGCUACCCCGGGAAACCUCAGAGGGGCGCCAGGGCUCCAGAGUGUCCGGCCGGCCACCUUUCCCUGCCGGGGAAUUUUGAUUUUCAUCCUUGCUUCGGGGGUUUCCCCGCCAUGGAAAUUCCAGCCUUUGCUCCCGCCUUCCCGACCCCCCCCCCCGCGCGCUCACUCUUCCCUGUUUUAAAAAGCAGGCGAGGAGGUCCUGGCGCAGCGCUUUCUCGUUCAAAGCCACCCCCUUGGCGGUUCUUGUGGAAGGCGCAGCGGCCCCGAUUCUGCCACGGGGGGCUCCUUUGCCAGCUGAAGUCCGGAGUAAGACGAGGACGAGACCAAAUGGGCAGAGGCACCUCCGCCCGCGCAGCUCUCUUGCUGCUGCUGGCCAUCCUGACAUCUGAAGCAUUUGAAAUUGAAGACAUUGCGCCUGGUCACAAGGUUGCUGCACAGAUUGGUCAAAUGCUGGUGUUAAGGUGCCGUACAACUGGAUGUAUAUCUCCUAAUUUCUCUUGGAGAACACACCUGGAUUCCCCAUUAGGCGGUAUUAUGAGUACCCAAGGACCCAAUUCAUUUUUAACUGUGGAGUCUGUUGGAUUUGAAAAUGAGUAUACCUAUUUCUGUAAUGCUCACUGUGGAGAAGAGAAAAGAGAAAAAAGAGUCCAGAUUAACAUUUAUUCCUUUCCCAGUGAUCCUGUUAUUGAGGUUAGCAGCCCAUUGGUUCUCGGAAAACCAGCUAGCAUCACCUGCCGUGUUCCUAAAGUGUUUCCAUCUGAACAACUGGUGCUAUCUCUGAAGAAAGGUGAUGAAGUUCUUCCCAUUGGACAGUGUUGUGAUGAGUCACAUUCUAGUUCAGUACAAACAAAAACUGUAAAUGUUAACUUUACCCCCACUAAAGAAGAUAUUGGAAAAGAAAUCACAUGUUUAGCUGAACUACCAAUAGAGGACAUGGAGUUUGAGCCCAAGGAGAGGAAGACGACACAUGUACUCAAUGUCAACUUUGGCCCACUGGACACUCGCAUCACUGCAUUCCCAGCGACCACCCUUUCUGAAGGGGAAGCACUGACACUCAGCUGUGUGACUGAAAGUCAUCCACCAACAAAAAUUGUGUGGAAGAAGCAGCUAGCUGAUGGCACUGUCCAGUUCAUUGAAGAAAGUUACAACCUGCACAUCCCACACACACAGUUCUCCAGCUCCGGAAUUUAUAUCUGUGAAGCAACAAACAAUGUAACUAAGGAAGUGGAGAACAGAACAGUGUCUAUUACCAUACAAGGUCCCCCUGUCCACCCAGAGCUCUCUAUCUUUCCUGGCACUAGCGUGCGAGAAGGAGAACAUGUGACUCUGCAGUGUUCUGUGAAAAGCAGCCCUCCCGCUGAUAUCUUAAUUAUGAAGAAGUCUGCUACUGAAGAUGCCGUCCUGGAGAGUCAGGAUGGUUUUGUCCACAUCCCAAGAGUGGCCCCUACUGAUGCAGGAGACUAUAAAUGUCAAGUGAAGAAUGAAUUUGGGGAGGCUCAAAUGACAAGAGCACUGCAUGUGGAAUAUGGACCAAGGAAUACAACAAUUGUUGUCACCCCUUCUAACAUAGUGAAAGAAGGUGACACUGUAAUUAUGAUAUGUUCUACCGAUGGCAGUCCCACCCCAAAAGUUUCCUGGAAGAAACGGCUACCAAAUGGAGGUUCUCAACUUGUUUCAGGAGAUGGUACCUUAACACUGGAGAAAGUACAGGCUGAAGAUAUGGGGCAUUAUGAGUGUGAAGGAAGUAACCAUGCUGGAAAAGACAACAAAGCUGUGGAAUUAGUUGUUGAAGGUGAAUUAAAAUUUACAGUGUUUUCACCAACUACACCAGCAUUAACUAAUGCACCAGAAAUUUUUACUGAGGUAGAAGAUUUCACUACUGAGACCACAGCCUAUAAUACUCCACAUCAAGAGGCUGACAGGCAUGGUCAAAUGGAAAAUGAAACUUCUGCAACUCCAGAAGACACAGCCUUCACAACAUACACAACAAUGAAAUAUGAUACAGUCACACAUGUAGUGACUAGUUCUGACAAUGAUGAAAAUGGUACAGAAGAAAUAGAAAUAAUCAUUGCCAGAAUGGAAGAACCAAAUUAUGUGACUCCUAUCAUCAUUGCAAUAGCAGCCUUAGCAACAGCAGCUGGUCCUGUGGCAGCCAUCUUGAUUUACGUCUCUAGGAAGGCAAAGAUCAAUGGAUCAUACAGUCUUGUAAACUCACUGAAAGCAAAAGUGUAGAGAAGAGCAACAACACAUUUUUGCACCUUUACCAAGUGGAUUGUGUUGGGUGAUCUUGGGUCAGUUGCUGGGAGGCCUUCCAACACGGACAUCUAAAUGGUUUGGUUUCUCUGGCUCAAACCCAGAUUUUAAGGCAGUAGAUCCAGAUAUCAUUAUCUUCUACUGUGACCUGGUUGCCCUAUGGCUUUAUUCAUCUUUUGUUUUGCGAAAAAGAAGAGGAGGACAUAAUAAAUAUACCGGUCUUUUGGAAUAGUAGCACUAGGAGCAAUCUAUUUGGAAAGCACCCUAUCUCUCAGGAUAAGCUGUCUCACAGAUUGUUGUGAGAAUAAAAUGGGAUAGGGUUAUGUAUGUCUGCCCUAAGAUCCUUGCUGGAAUGAUUUUUUUUAAUUUUGUGAAUAAAACCUUGUGUUUUGUUGUUACUUCAGUUAGUAGGACUGGAAAGAUUGCCUGAGAACAACAGGAGUGUCUUUAUUUUUCAGUAGAGCUGCCUUCAGAGAAGGAAAUCUUAGAGGCAUUUGGCUUUCCUUGGACAUUAUGCAUAAUUUCCUGAAAGUUUGUGUCACACAAAGUUGGAAAGUAAACUUGCCGGCCUGCAGUAGGCCUGUUAGUUUUAUACAUGGUCUUUAAAUUCUACAGGUAGUAUAAAAAUAAUUGUUAAAUCGUUUUUGAAAAGAUAGUAUGCUUGUAAUUAUGGAGUGAUUUGUUUUCAGUACGAGCAUGGUGCAACUUAAAAUAUUUCACAUUGACUGCAGCAAAAUAUGUUUCUUCCGUUGAGAUCAGUUCUUAUUGGCAUGUAUUUAAUUUAGAUAGGAGCAUGUCUGGUACAUAUGUACCCCUAUCCUCUUCCUCAUUUGUAACAAUACAGUCUAGCAAUUUCAGUGCCCCACAGCUAAAGCCUAGCUGAAGAAUUGUAGCCAUCUGCUGGGAACGAUAUUUGUAAGUAUCAAAGUCGGACAGGAGUGAACACUAGGUGUGCUGAUACAGUACCAUACUGAGGACCUGGCAGCAGGGGAAACUUUGCCGGGCCUGUGAUUCUAAUACAGAGUAAUCUGGAAACUUCUUUGAUUAGCAUCUCUCUUCUCUGCUGUAGGCUGCCAACUUGGAGCAGUAAGUAAGUUACUGUCCCUUAAGAUGGACAACAGGAGGAUCUGGGUCAAUUUUUGCUCCCAGGUUCUCCCAUUCACCCUCAGAACAGCAGGAAAAUAAAAACAAAAGUGACAGGAUGUCCACUGCUAUUUUGUCUGUUUAUUUUUAAUUGUUGAUGUAUGUUGGCUAUGUGCACAGUUUUAUCACAACAGCAUCAGUCCUGGAGGCUCUUGGGAGAAGGAGAGGGCGAUCCUCUUGUAAAUACUGCUCAUGGUGUAGCAUAAGGGCCUGGAGGCUGCGGGGUGGAGGGACAACACAAAAAUGGCCUUGAGCUGUAGUCUACCGUCCACAUGCCCACCUACUAAGUGUUCACCACUGCUUUAAAACAGAGUGUAAUUGCACUUGCUUUCAAAGUUUGGAUUGAGAGGAUAUUCUUGACUAUAUUUUGCAAAAGAAACUCACUAUAUGUUGCACAAUCAGAUUACCACUUAGUUUCUACUGAAGAAAUAUGUCCAAAGUUUUUUUAAAAAAAUAUUCCAUCACUCCUACUUUGCAAGCUCAUGUACUUGGUACUUUUUGUAUAGUAUUAUUUAAAUCUAUUUGUAAUGACAGAGUUUUCUAUUGUGAAAUAAAGUACUGGUGUUUACAUUG